GCACUGGGGUAAGAGGCUAUAAAACAAGCAGGAGCUCCAAGAGGUAAGAACCUCCCUGAGAGAGAUGGAGACAAGUCAUUGGGUGUACUAGGACACAGCCAGACGGACAUCCAGACACACAGCCAGACUGAUCAUUGCUGACCAAGCAUCCACAUCAGUUUUCUUGUCAUAAACAGCAAGACAGUGAAAUGGGAGAUGUUCUUCAGAUUGCAUCAGUCAAGGUCUCUCACCCACAGAGAUCCAGCCUAACCCCCACCUGCUCAAUGCAGUUCCUCUACCGUCAACCAUGUUCUCCAGUGCAAUAGAAACAACAGCAAUAACACAAAAGUCAAAGUCAACGAAGAUUCCUUCCUGGUGGCCAUGCCAGACACCUCCAUUCAGAAUAUCCAAUCAGAAAACAGCGUGAAGAUGGCCUCCAAACCUAUAAAGAUCCUACCUAACAGCACAUCAACUCUGUCAAACAACGACAGGCCUUCAGUGGUCCAGCAGGAAUGGAAACUCGAGGUGCUGACUGAAAAGAACAACAACAAUGUUAAAAGCCACGCAAUCUCCACAACCACCGACGCCAGAGUGAUCCAGACCAAAAGCUCUGUGUUUCAGAAGUGGGCGGCCAUUGAACUAGAAGCUCACAGACCCCUAGCCAAGCGGCAGCUGUCAGCUGAGAGCUCCGUACGCUCCUGCAUGGAAGUGAAGAAGAGUACGUUGAGGCGGGAGCAUGGAGGAGGCCCAGUGAAGGCCACAAGCUCCCAUCUGCAACCAAAGCUCAGAGAGAAUUCCAGCGCCACCCAGGCAAGCACAUGGCAGAAUGCACGAGUCUCUAAGAGGAAACUUCGAAAAGAACUCUUCUCGAGUUCUGAGGUCUUCGGCGAGAUGGACACAUGCACUAUCAGUACUGGAAAAACGCUGCGUAGUCAAGGCAUUUUCUCCAUUCGGAUGAUCACCCGGGCCAUCACAGAAGGAGCACCGAGCGAGCUGGAGAAAGUGAGAACCAUCUGGAUCUGGUUAUGCCAAAACAUCGAGUAUGACGUGAGUGGUUACCUGGGCCUGACGGACAAGCUGUGCGAACCAGAGAGGGUCGUUGAGAUGGGCAGGGGUGUGUGCUGUGGAUACUCCAGUGUCUUCCUACAGAUGUGCCAGGAAGCAGGAAUCCAGUGUAAAGAGGUAUCGGGCCAUGGAAAAGGCAUUGGUUACCGGCAAGGCCUUAGUUACCAGAACAGCAAGUCGAGCCACAUGUGGAACGCUGUGCUGCUGGGGGGGCACUGGUACCUCCUGGACGCAUGCUGGGGUGCAGGAAGGGUUGACAUGGACAACAAAGUCUUCAUCAAGAGGUACGAUGACUUCUACUUCCUGACAGACCCUGAGGACUUCAUCAACUCCCACUGCCCAGACGAAGCAGAGUGGCAGCUACUGGACGUGCCUGUCCCCCUGCAGGAGUUUGAGAAGAGGGUCCUCAGGACCUCAGAGUUCUACAGGAUGGAACUGAUGCUCCAGCACCCGAAACACUUCCUGCUUCUCACAGAGAAUGGGGAGGCUUCUGUGUCCAUAAAGUUCCCCAAAUCUGUAGACUUCACCUACCAGAUCUCUCAGCGGAGUGCCAGUGAGCCUGUGGAGGUCAGCAGCUCAUCCGGCCUCCUCACAGUGACCAGGGAUACCAUGAGCUUACGGCUCAUGCCCCCUGCCAGCGGAACCUAUGACGUCAUGAUCUUUGCCCGUCCUGGGAGCUCAUCAGGGACAUUCACCUGGGUCUGCUCCUUCCUCCUGGAGUGUUCUGAGCCCAAGGCAUCCGAGGAGCUCCCUGAGAACCCUUUCGUGUCCUGGGGCCUGCAGAGAACGACAGAGAGCCUAGGAGUGAGCAGAUGCAGCCACGGGGCUGAACCAGUGGUCCUGGAAACGGGAACCCUCCAGCUGGAUCUCCUGACCUCCAGACCACUAAUGAUGCUGUGUGAACUGACCCACAAAAGCCUUGACCCGUCCACAUCCAAGAGGUGUCUGGCAACCCAGAUAGAACCAGACAAGAUGACCUGUCACGUGCUCUGUCCGUACCUCGGUUACUAUCGGCUGUCUGUGUUCGUUCGGGACUACGAGCGGAUCCAAGAGGGCUUCCAGAACGUGGGCAACUUCGUCCUGCACUGCGCGGCUGGUGCUGUCAACCUCAAUGAGCUCUUUCCCUCUUUCCUCAGCACGUCCUGUGGUCCUGGCAUUCGGACGCAGGGCGCCGGCCUGUCCAAGUUCAGUCACACGGGAGCUUUAGUAAGUACUCAGCAGGGCAAAUGCAACAUCACCUUCCAGAGUCAACCAGACCUGGAGCUCCACGCUGUUCUCUUCAAAGACCAGCGUAGGAGACCAGGCCAUCCCCUCUCCAGGCACGUCUUCUUCACUCACAAUAGCGGCAAGGUCACUGUCAGCGUCGCCCUGCCAGAGUCAGGAGUCUACAAGCUGGGCCUCUACUCUAAAACCUCCACCAACCAGGACUUCAGCCCUCUGUGUGACUUUGUGCUGAGGAACUCCUGUGAGAGCUCCUUGCCUCCGUUCCCCUGCACCUAUGCAGCCUGGAGGAAGGGCAGCGUUCUCCUGGAGCCCCGCCAGGGCCUGCUGGAGCCCCUGUCCUGGGUCCACUUCAGGGUGAGGGUCCCCGGGGCCCGGAGGGUGAGCGUCCUGGCAGAGCAGCUGGUGGAACUGCAACUCAACAAGAGCAGGGUGUGGGAGGGGGAGGUGUUCACCGGGGCCGGCGUGUCCCAGGUGAAGCUGGCUGCCAGUGUUGGAGGGACCUCCAAAGACAUGGCCAUCAUCAUGUGCUUCGAUGUGCUGGGCCAGCAGAAUGAAAUGUAGAGUUAUUUGGACAGACAAAGAGGGGGAGGGCAUAUUAAAGAUGCUGUUUGAUUUAAGUUCUCCUGUUGAAAAAUACAUUUAAAUGCUCAACUUUAGGCACUCAGUUGAAGAGUAGUCAUUGUAGAAAGUCAUGUUAUUUGAAGUAGUCUUGAGCUUACAUGUGAUGUUACAGUGUAUAAGCACAAUAUAUGUUCAUUGGGAAGACCCUUAUUGUUGUUGAGAUGUGAUGUUAUUAAUUACUUGUUUAAUCAAGUAUUUUAGGCAUGGAAUUGUACUUUUUUUCAGUAUGUGUAUGCAUGGUGCUUGGUUGACAAACUUAGUUGCUGCUCCAUUGUGAUAAUAGUAUGAAUAAAUAAAGAAUUUGCUGCUAAACAGAUGUGAUUUGAGCUGACUUAAUGGUCAAUUGAAGAAGAAUAA